GAGCCCAUCUUGCUAGCUAGGUCACACUGCGAAGGUGGAGUAGAGGAUAAUUCUUCCGACGCCGGUGCUCUUUCGUCUCCGUCAGAUUCCCGAACAAGGUUCGAGGUUAACGCACAUCGCAGUUUCAAUGGCUUCUUCCAAGAGACCGAAUGCGGAGUCGAAGAGGAAAGGGAAACGCCAGAAAUCCGGUGGUGGUGGUUCUUCAUCGUUGGAUGCGGCUGCUGGCGGUGUUGUUUUCCGUAUGCUCUGCCCUGCUACUAGAAUAGGCGGUGUAAUCGGCAAAGGUGGUGGCAUCAUAUCACAAAUUCGCCAGGAAACCGGUGUCAAUAUUAAGAUUGACGAGCCUACACCUGGUUGUGAUGAGAGGGUUAUCAUUUUCUCGGGUUCUGAAAAGGAAAACGGAGAAGACAACGUUGACAAGGAAAAGGAAAAGGAAAAGGAGGCUAGUAAUGAUGAGACUGAGAGCAAAGGGAAGGGUGAUGAGGAGGAAGAGGCUGAAGAAAAGGGUGGUGAUAAUGAUGAUGUUGAAGAUAAAGAGGUUGAAGAUUCGCAGGGCGAGAAGGCGAAUUCGAAUUCGGUUAUUCAUUCGGCUAUUCGGAAGGCUCUGUCAUUAGUUUUUGAUAGGAUGGUUGAAGGAGUGGAGGAUACAGCUGAUGGUGAUGAAGAAAGUGGUAAAGCUUCUUCGUUUGUGUUUAGGCUGCUGAUCCUUUCUAAUCAAGUUGGCUGCCUUCUGGGUAAGGGUGGGAGUGUGAUCAAGAAAAUGUCAGCUGAAAGCGGGGCGCAGAUUCGGAUUCUUCCUAAAGAUAAACUUCCUGUGUGUGCUUCAGCAUCUGAUGAGAUUGUUCAGAUCACAGGAGGAGUUGAAGUUGUCAGGAAAGCUCUUCAAUCUGUCUCUCUCCAACUUUUGGAAAAUCCACCUCGUGACCAUGAAUCCCUGUCUACCAAUUUUACUGGGCCGUCAUCUCAUUCAUCUAGUAAAAUCCCAUCACACAAUCGUUCCUUUGCUGCGGGGCCUACUGAUACUUCUGUUUUCCAUUCUGCUCCUUCUCUGAUUUCCAAAUUUCAUGAAGGCGCCAUCCAUGGUCGUAUGAGGCCUUCACAGGAAAUGCUUACAUUUCGUUUAUUGUGUCCUGCCGAAAAGGUAGGAAAUUUAAUUGGUAAAGGUGGAGCAAUCAUAAAGUCUGUGCAGCAAGAGACAGCUAGUGAAAUCAAGGUCAUAGAUGCCGUUCCUGAUUCAGAGGACUGUGUUAUUGUCAUAUCUGGUCCAGCGCACCCUGAUGAUAGAAUAUCACCCGUGCAAGAAGCUGUGUUUCGUGUGCAAAAUAGAGUAGCCAGGGCUAUACCCGAUGUGAACGAGCACAGUAUGCUAGCAAGGGUUCUUGUUUCUUCAAAUCAAAUAGGUUGUCUCCUUGGCAAGGGUGGUUCCAUCAUAACUGAAAUGAGGAAGUUAUCAGGUGCCCAUAUCCGUAUAUUAGGAAAGGAUAAGAUUCCUAAGUGUGCUUCAGAAAAUGAAGAAGUAAUUCAGAUAACUGGAGAAAUUGAGGCAGUGCAUGAUGCUCUUUUGCAAAUAACCACAAGAUUAAAACAUCAUUUCUUUCGUGAUGCAUAUCCAUCUGCCAAUUAUCCUUCAAAUCCUGCAUUUUUAGAUAACCUUCCUCCAUUCCUGCCUUAUUUGGGGAGGCGAGGGAUUUCACCUCCUGGAAUGUAUUCUGAUCUAGGUCCACCACCUCCACAUGCGGGUUUUCCCCUUGAUGAUCGCCCUCCUUUUAUGAAUAAUAUACACAGAUCAGGCAUUCCUCCUCACAUUGCUGAAAGGAAGCCUUGGGGUCCUCAGGGGAUACUUGAAGGUGGUGGACACAUGGGCUUGCCAGACUUUGCCGGAGGUCCUCCUAGAAGAAUUUUGGGAUUUGGAGGAGGGAACCAACCGAUUAUCACUCACACAAGUGCCACUGUCGAAGUUGUUGUUCCUCGAGCGGUGGUGCCUGAAAUAUAUGGGGAAGAUGGUGAAUGCCUGAGACAAAUACUUCAGAUCUCUGAUGCAAAGAUUAUGAUUACUGAUCCAAAGCCCGGAGCUGUGGAAACUAAAAUUAUAAUUUCUGGAACCCCAGAGCAAACUCAUGCUGCACAAAGUCUUAUUCAGGCGUUUGUCAUGAGUGAGAGGGAUUCUGGUUGAACUCUUAAUUUUGGUAAUACUCUAGAUGUGUCUCUUUUUGUCUGGCUGAUGUAUUUGACCUCAGCUCUCUGCUUCAUGUUACAAUUUUUAGUAGAAUGUAAAUUGUAAAAUAUUAUCCUAUGAAAACUAAGACUAUGCUCCAGCUUUGCUUUAUGUUCAUUUGGUUUGACUUUUUGAA